CGACAAGAUUUUGAGCGUCAUCUCCUCAGCUGCACCCUCGCGCCCGCCGCAAUUGCCCUCCUCUUCGCUGCUGCGUGCCUCUUCUCCUCUUCAAACUCGCGUCGUCUCUGCAACUGCACCCAGACCUCCCCGAAUAGCUCCAAUCCUCCAGCAUGUCUGCCAAAUCCAUCUUCGAAGCCGACGGCAAGGCCAUCCUCAACUACCACCUGACCCGCGCGCCCGUGAUCAAGCCCACUCCUCUGCCUGCCACCGCAACCCACAAUCCUCCCGCCAGGCUUGCGUCUCUUCACUUCCCCGCCGAUGCCGCUCCCAAGGACGUCCUAGACCAGGCCGAGGUGACAUAUCCGUGGCUGCUCGUCCCGGGCUCCAAGUUCGUCGCAAAGCCCGAUCAAUUGAUCAAGCGGCGAGGCAAGAGCGGUCUUCUGGCGCUGAACAAGACCUGGGCCGAUGCCCGCGCGUGGAUCGAGGCGAGAGCAGGAAAGCCUCAGAAGGUCGAGACGGUCGAUGGUGUGCUAAGGCAGUUCUUGGUGGAGCCGUUUGUGCCCCAUCCUCAGGAUACCGAAUAUUAUAUCAACAUCAACUCGGUGCGAGAGGGUGACUGGAUCCUGUUCACACACGAGGGUGGUGUUGAUGUCGGCGAUGUCGAUGAGAAGGCUGAGAAGCUCCUCAUCCCCGUCGACCUCAGCGAGUACCCUUCCAACGAGGAGAUUGCCUCAACCCUCCUCAAGAAAGUUCCCAAGGGUGUGCACAACGUCCUCGUCGACUUCAUCUCCCGACUAUACGCUGUCUACGUUGACUGCCAGUUCACUUACCUCGAAAUCAACCCUCUCGUCGUCAUCCCCAACGCCGAUGCCACCUCCGCUGAGGUGCACUUCUUGGAUCUUGCUGCCAAGAUUGACCAAACCGCUGAGUUUGAGUGCGGUGUGAAGUGGGCUAUUGCCCGGAGCGCCACUGCUCUCGGCAUACCUCAGAUCGCCUCCAAAGAUGUCAAGGUGACCGUCGAUGCCGGCCCACCAAUGGAGUUUCCCGCUCCCUUCGGUCGUGAGAUGAGCAAGGAGGAAUCAUACAUCGCUGAGAUGGACGCAAAGACCGGUGCCUCCCUCAAGCUUACCAUCCUCAACUCCACUGGCCGUGUAUGGACGCUCGUUGCUGGUGGUGGUGCGUCGGUCGUCUACGCUGAUGCCAUUGCCUCUGCUGGCUUCGCGAGCGAGCUUGCCAACUACGGAGAAUAUUCUGGUGCUCCCAGCGAGACUCAGACCUACCACUACGCUCGCACUGUUCUCGAUCUUAUGCUUCGCGCGCCCCUUCACCCCGACGGCAAGGUCCUCUUCAUCGGUGGUGGUAUUGCUAACUUCACAAACGUCGCCUCCACAUUCAAGGGUGUCAUCCGUGCUCUGCGCGAGGUCGCUCCCGUUCUCAACGAGCACAAGGUCCAGAUCUGGAUCCGUCGUGCCGGCCCCAACUACCAGGAGGGUCUCAAGAACAUCAAGGGUGUCGGCCAAGAGCUUGGUCUGAACAUGCACGUCUACGGUCCGGAGAUGCACGUCAGCGGUAUCGUGCCGCUGGCGCUCAACGGUAAGCAGACAGACGUCAAAGAGUUCAGCGGUUAGAUUGUAUCAUAAUGAGAGUUGCUUUCACCUUCACGUUUGUGUUGUCCGCAGUUGGACUGUGAUGGGACGGGGAAAAUGGAUCGUCCGGGUGCUGGAGUUGGCAUUGUUUCCCCCGUCUAGAGGUUUUGCGGAGCAUCUUGGAACCGCAGGUCGAGUAUUGGUGGUGUGUGGGAGGGAUCAUGUGCGAUAAUAUGUCUAGGCGUCGUGAUAGAGACUCACAUUCCCACUUCUAUUGUUAGUGUGGUACGUGUAUCCGCGUGAUCUAGUCUAAUUAGUUCGCAUCAUUUGGAUUUAGCUUUGAUACAGAGCGUUGAAAGUAUAAAGUUUAAUGAAGGCGAGUCCUAAAUUUACACCCCAAAUUUAUUUACACCCCAAAUUUAUUUACAGAAGGAACAGGAAGGUAUUACACC